AACUUCGUAAUUCUUUUGUAGACUACAACAUCAAGACCCGACAACAACAACAGUCAACAGAUUAGCUGUUGCAUUCUUGCAUUAUACUUUAUACUACUUUGCGUUUUUGCUUAGUUACGCUGAACAGAAUAAUAAUAUUAUUUUUAAGUACAUUGCGAACAAAUCCUGAUUCGUGAAAGUCCAAAUAUUUUUAACUUCUUUGUCAUAAUGUUUUGGAACGGUUUUCUUAAUUUUUAAUUAAUACUUACUACACGACAGAUUCUCAAAUUUCGCCGAGGAGAUACGAUGAUUACUAAGUUCGUUUUGGUAUAUUUGGCUUUGAGCAUAGUCAACACUGCCGCCAAUGUGGAUGAGUUCAAAUGUCAAACGUUCGCUGACGGAUCGGUCUAUCCAUCCAGUACUAUUGAAUCCACCAAUCACAAAUUGCAGUACACCAAAGCAUUGAUAUCAAAACCAGCACCUGAUUGGAAGAGCACAGCUGUAAUUAAUGGCUCAUUGCAGGAACUGAAGCUAAAAGAUUUCCGUGGGAAAUAUUUAGUAUUUUUUUUUUAUCCAUUGGACUUCACAUUUGUUUGUCCAACAGAAAUAUUAGCUUUCAACGAUCGCAUUGAGGAAUUUAGAAAGAUUGAUGCAGAAGUUGUGGCAGCAUCAGUAGACUCACAUUUUACACAUUUAGCUUGGGUGAAUACGCCACGAAAAGAUGGUGGUUUGGGAAACUUGUCAAUCCCACUGUUGUCAGACAUGACUCAUAAAAUAUCAAAAGAUUAUGGUGUUUAUUUGAGUGAUGUUGGUCAUUCCCUAAGGGGACUCUUUAUUAUAGACAAUAGAGGUAUUCUCAGACAAAUAACAAUGAAUGAUUUGCCAGUUGGUCGAAGUGUAGAUGAAACUCUACGACUAGUACAAGCAUUUCAAUAUACAGACAUGCAUGGAGAAGUAUGUCCUGCUAAUUGGAAACCUGGUGAACAAACGAUAAUUCCUGAUCCUAUUAAGAAGAAACAAUAUUUUGAUAGACUGAUUGAAUUAUAAUUCACCUGCGGUGAUCUCAUAAUUGCCAAGACAUUAUUAUUUAUAAUCUAUUAAACAUUUAAGCAUCACAAAGACAUAAAUAUUAAAUAAUAUUUUUUUUUUAUUUCAAUACAACGGUUCAUUCGUUUUGUUUUUAUUAAAAUAUAUUAAUUUUUACACCAAAUAUUGAUGAUGAAAAUAAUACAAAUAAAUUAUUUGGAAUAACACA